GACACCGGCCCGGGCAGCGCGGAGGCAGCCCCGGGGCAGGGCCCGACCCGAGCCGCGCCGGACCCAGAGCUUCCUAGGUGGCAGAUUGCCCGGGCCCGGGUCAUGCGCUGCUCCAAGUGCCUACUCUGCCUGUCAGCGCUGCUUACGCUCCUGGGCCUCAAAGUGUACAUCGAGUGGACGUCAGAGCCCCGGCUCGGCAAGGCCUACCCAGGAUCCCGGGACACCCUGCCUGGCCCCACAGCCAGCACUGAGCCCACCCUGCCUGCCAACCUCUCCGUCCGCCUGGGCCAGACCUACCCACUGCCCGCCACUUACUGGAACCAGCAGCAGUGGCAGUUGGGGGUGCUGCCCAGUGAGGAUUGCCAGGCUUGGGGGGCUGCGGCGGCAGCCGAGAUCCUCGACUUUGCCAGCUACCCCAAGGAUUUGCACCGCUUCUUGCUGUCAGCAGCCUGCAGGAGCUUCCCACGGUGGCUGCCCGCUGGGGAAGCCAGCCCCGUGGCAGGCUGCUCUGCCACCGAUGUCCCCUACCUGCUGUUGGCGGUGAAGUCAGAACCAGGGCGUUUUGCAGAACGACAGGCAGUGAGGGAGACCUGGGGCAGUGCAGCUCCUGGGGUCCGGCUUCUCUUCCUGCUGGGGUCCCCACUGGGCAGCGGGGGACCUGACCUGAGCUCACUGGUGGCCUGGGAGAGCCGGCGCUACCGGGACCUGCUGCUGUGGGACUUCCUGGAUGUCCCAUACAACCGGACGCUCAAAGACCUGCAGCUGUUCGCCUGGCUGGGCCACCACUGCCCGGAUGUCAGUUUUGUCCUGCAAGUUCAGGAUGAUGCUUUUGUACACAUCCCCGCCCUGCUGGAACACCUGCAGUCCCUGCCACCUACCUGGGCCCAAAGUCUCUACCUGGGUGAGGUCUUCACCAAAGCCAACCCCCUCCGGAAUGCAGGAAAACCCUUCUAUGUGCCAGAGUCCUUCUACCAAGGCAGCUACCCAGCCUACACGAGCGGGGGUGGCUACGUGAUCGCGGGGCGCCUGGCUCCCUGGCUGUUGCAGGCGGCAGGCCGUGUGGCACCCUUCCCCUUCGAUGAUGUCUACACUGGCCUUUGCUUCCGUGCUCUGGGCCUGGUGCCCCGGGCCCACCCAGGCUUCCGCACAGCCUGGCCAGCAGGCCAUGGUGUGAGCCCCUGCACACUCCAAGGCCUGCUGCUCGUGCAGCCCCUCAGCCCCCAAACCAGCAUCCAGCUGUGGAGGCAGCUGCAGGACCCCCAGUUCCAGUGCUGAAGCCCCAGGUGUGAGGCCAAGCUCCGGAACUGGGAGAAUACAGAUGGUGUGGGAGCCCUCCCCCACCUCCCCUGGAU